AUGACGCCCCUGUUGCGAACAAUAUGCGCAAUUCUCUGCAUCCUCAUAGCAGUCCCCCUCACCUUCGCUUGUCCAACCAAGGCUGGAGUUAGCAAGCAAGCUAAUAAAAGACCAACAUACGCCAUCGCUCAUAUGGUCCUGGACAGAAAGGGCCUCAAAGAUGCCAUUAAGAACGGCGCCAAUUCAGUCGAGAUUGACAUUGCGGCUUACAAAGAGGGGUGGUGGGCCGACCACGACAUAAGAGGCCGGUCAUGGGGCGACUCCUUGGAGGACAUGUUCAAAGCUGUCGCCAAGGAGAGUAAGAACAUCGCAUUCGUCUGGCUGGACCUCAAAACGCCCGACAUGUGCUCCGGCGCAACCUGCAACAAGGACGUUUUGGAUCCCAGCAAAUGCAAGCCCAAGGACAAAUGCUCCAUGAAUUCAUUGCAGGAAUUGGCGCAGAAGAUCCUGAAUCCCGCCGGUGUGCGCAUUCUCUACGGAUUCUUUGGGGCAGGCGCGACGGAUUCUGCUGGUUUCAACUAUAUUCAAGGAAACCUGAAGGCUGGCGAGGCAGUAUGCCUGAGCGGCGAGGUGGAAAAUGUCUUGAAUGUCUAUAAGAAGAAAGGGCGGGGAGUAAAACCUCAGCAGAGGGUUAUGGAUUAUGGGUACACUCAACUUGAGACUGGGUUUGGAAAUUGCAAAGAGAAGGGAUACAAUACCUGCGCUGGGUUGAGAAACGGUGCGAAAGCUCGGGACAAGGGUGACGUUAAGAGAGUGUUUGGCUGGACGAGCCGGGUUGGUGACGGCGAGCGUGUGGGACAGCUGUUGGACAAAGCGCAUGUUGAUGGCAUUAUAUACGGCUUCGCGAUAACGAGAUAUUAUGAUCAUGAAGAUAGCAGGGCAGCUGCCAGAGACAUCACUCAGCGCGUCCAAAAGAGUGACGACCGAUAUAUGGCCACUGGUGCUGACAAGCCCUGGUGA